GUCCGGCGCCGCGCUUUCCCGUCAGGCGGGAGCGGAGAGACUCCGGGAAGCUGCUUCUGCAUGGUUGAUGAGUGCUGCGCUGCCUCAGCAUGGGCGAGCACGGCCUCGAGCUGGCGUCUAUGAUUCCCGCCCUGCGGGAGCUGGGCAGUGCCAGUCCAGAGGAAUACAAUACCGUUGUACAGAAGCCAAGACAAAUUCUAUGUCAGUUCAUUGACCGAAUACUUACAGAUGUAAAUGUUGUUGUUCUAGAGCUUGUAAAGAAAACUGAUGCACAGCCAACCUCUGUGAUGUUGCUUGAUUUCAUCCAGCAUAUUAUGAAAUCCUCACCACUUAUGUUUGUAAAUGUGAAUGGAAGCCAUGGGCAAAAUGAGGCCAAAGGUAGUUGUAUUGAAUUCAGUAAUUGGAUCAUAACAAGACUUCUGCGGAUUGCAGCAACUCCUUCCUGCCAUAUGUUACACAAGAAAAUCUGUGAAGUCAUUUGCUCAUUGUUAUUUCUUUUUAAAAGCAAGAGCCCUGCUAUUUUUGGAGUUUUGACAAAGGAAUUAUUAUAUCUUUUUGAAGACUUGAUUUGCCUCCACAGAAGAAAUGCAAUGGGUCACUCUGUUGAGUGGCCAGUGGUGGUUAGCCGAUUUUUAAGUCAAUUGGAUGAACACAUGGGAUAUUUACAACCAGCUCCUUUGCAGCUCAUGAACAUGCAAAAUUUAGAAUUCAUUGAAGUCACUUUAUUGACGGUUCUUACUCGUAUUAUAGCAAUUAUAUUUUUUAGAAGACAAGAACUAUUACUUUGGCGGAUAGGUUGUGUUCUGCUAGAGUGUGGUAGUCCAAAAAUUAAAUCUUUAGCAAUUAGCCUUUUAACUGAACUGUUUGAGCUGGGCGGACUACCAACACAACCUGCCAGCACUUUUUUCAGCUCAUUUUUGGAAUUAUUAAAACACCUUGUAGAAAUGGACGCUGACCAGUUAAAACUUUAUGAAGAGCCAUUAUCCAAGUUGAUAAAGAGACUGUUUCCAUUUGAAGCAGAAGCUUAUAGAAGUAUUGAACCUGUCUAUUUAAAUAUGCUGCUGGAAAAACUCUGUGUCAUGUUUGAAGAUGGGGUGCUUAUGCAGCUUAAGUCUGAUUUGCUGAAAGCAGCUUUGUGCCACUUACUGCAGUAUUUCCUUAAAUAUGUGCCAGCUGGGUAUGAAUCGGCUUUGCAAGUCAGGAAGGUGUAUGUGAGAAAUAUUUGUAGAGCUCUUGUGGAUGUACUUGGAACUCAGGUCGAUGCAGAGUAUUUGUUAGGUCCACUUUAUACAGCUUUAAAAAUGGAAAGUAUGGCCAUCAUGGAGGAGAUUCAGAGCCAAAUUCAACAAGAAAUCCUCUGCAGUAAUAAUGAUGAAAUGUCAUCCAAGAGGUGUCGACUCAGUUCAUCUUUAAACUCUUUGAGAAGUGAACCCAAACAUCCUGAGGAAAUUAUACAUGUGGAUAUGAGCAAGAAGAGCAUAUUAUGGAGUACACUGAAACAGAAAGCAGAAUCCCUUCAGAUGUCCCUGGAAUGCAGAGGUCUAAAGAAUACUGUUAUUGAGACUUUAGAGGGAAUCGCUGUUGUUCUACAACUGACAGCCUUGUGUACUGCUCAUUGCUCUCCCCAAGAUGUGGACUGCCAUAAUUCUAAGGAUUAUCAAGAGAAAUGUAAGAAAAAACCUUCAGUGGUGAUAACUUGGAUGUUUUUGGAUUUUUACACACAAGUGCUUAAGAGCUGUAAGAGUUCAUUAAACUCUGCUGAAAAACCGGACCUGGAGACCAUCAUUGAUAAAGUACUGAAAAUAUGUGAUGCUUUGAUUUACAUUCAAGUAAAAAGCUCAUUUGAAGAUAAUAUUCUGGAAGAUUUAUGUGGAUUGCUAUCCCUUCCAUGGAUUUAUUCCCAUUCUGAUGGUGACUCUUUAAAGUUGACCACAUUUACCACUGAUCUUCUAACAUUAAGCCAGAGGAUUUCAGAUAGCUACUCACCACAGGCACAAUCACAAUGUGUGUUUCUUCUGACUCUGUUUCCAAGAAGAAUGUUCCUUGAAUGGAGAACAGAAGUUUACAACUGGGCUCUGCAGAGCUCCCAUGAAGUAAUCCGGGCUAGUUGUGUUAAUGGAUUUUUUAUCUUACUGCAGCAGCAGAAUUCUUGUAAUAGAGUCCCCAAGAUUCUUAUAGAUAAAGUCAAAGACGAUUCUGAUAUUGUCAAGAAAGAAUUUGCCUCUAUACUUGGUCAACUUGUCUGUAUGCUUCAUGGCAUGUUUUAUUUGACAAGUUCUUUAACAGAACCUUUUUCUGAGCAUGGACAUAUUGAUCUCUUCUGCAAGAGUCUAAAAGUUACUUCUCAACAUAGAUGUUCCUCUUCUCGAUUGAAAGCUUCUGUUUGCAAGCCAUUUCUUUUCUUACUGAAGAAAAAAAUAUCUAGUUCAGUGAAACUUGCUUUCAUAGAUAAUCUACAUCACCUUUGUAAGCACCUUGAUUUUAGAGAAGAUGAAACAGAUGUUAAAAUAGUUCUUGGGACUUUAUUAAAUUUAAUGGAAGAUCCAGACAAAGAUGUUAGAGUGGCUUUUAGUGGAAAUAUCAAGCAUAUAUUGGAAUCCUUGGACUCUGAAGAUGGAUUUAUAAAAGAGCUUUUUGUUCUAAGAAUGAAGGAAGCAUAUACACAUGCUCAAAUCUCAAGAAAUAAUGAGUUGAAGGACACCUUGAUUCUUACAACAGGAGAUAUUGGAAGGGCAGCAAAAGGAGAUUUGGUACCUUUUGCACUCUUGCAUUUAUUGCACUGUUUAUUAUCCAAGUCAGCAUCCGUCUCUGGAGCAGCAUACACAGAAAUCAGAGCUAUGGUUGCAGCUAAAAGUGUUAAACUGCAAAACUUCUUCAGUCAGUAUAAGAAACCCAUCUGUCAGUUUUUGGUGGAAUCCCUUCACUCCAGUCAGAUGACAGCACUUCCUAACACUCCGUGCCAGAAUGCAGAGAUGCGAAAGCAAGAUGUGGCUCACCACAGAGAAAUGGCUUUAAAUACCUUGUCUGAAAUUGCCAAUGUUUUUGACUUUCCUGAUCUUAAUCGUUUCCUUACUAGGACAUUACAAGUUCUGCUACCUGACCUUGCUGCCAAAGCAAGCCCUGCCGCUUCUGCUCUCAUUCGAACUUUAGGAAAACAAUUAAAUGUCAAUCGUAGGGAGAUUCUAAUAAAUAACUUCAAAUAUAUAUUUUCUCAUUUGGUCUGUUCCUGUUCCAAAGAUGAAUUACAACGUGCCCUUCAUUAUCUAAAGAAUGAAACAGAAAUUGAACUGGGGAGCCUGUUGAGACAGGAUUUCCAAGGAUUACAUAAUGAAUUAUUGCUACGUAUUGGAGAACACUAUCAACAGGUUUUCAAUGGUUUAUCAAUACUUGCCUCAUUUGCAUCUAGUGAUGAUCCAUAUCAGGGCCCAAGGGAUAUCACAUCACCUGAACUAAUGGCUGACUAUUUGCAACCCAAGUUGUUGGGCAUUUUGGCUUUUUUUAACAUGCAGUUACUGAGCUCCAGUGUUGGCAUUGAAGAUAAGAAAAUGGCACUGAACAGUUUGAUGUCUUUAAUGAAAUUGAUGGGACCCAAACAUGUCAGUUCUGUGAGGGUGAAGAUGAUGACCACGUUGAGAACUGGCCUUAGAUUCAAGGAUGAUUUUCCUGAAUUGUGCUGCAGAGCUUGGGACUGCUUUGUUCGUUGUCUGGAUCACGCUUAUCUAGGCUCCCUUCUCAGCCAUGUAAUAGUAGCUUUGUUGCCUCUUAUACACAUCCAGCCUAAAGAAACUGCAGCUAUAUUUCACUACCUCAUAAUUGAAAACAGGGAUGCUGUGCAAGAUUUUCUUCAUGAAAUAUAUUUUUUGCCUGAUCAUCCAGAAUUAAAAAAGAUAAAAGCAGUUCUACAAGAAUACAGAAAGGAGACCUCUGAGACUACAGAUCUUCAGAUAACUCUUCAGCUGUCCAUGAAAGCAAUUCAGCAUGAAAAUGUAGAUGUUCGUAUUCAUGCUCUCACAAGCUUGAAGGAAACCUUGUAUAAAAAUCAGACCGGAGUAGAAGAUUCAAACUUUGCUUAUGGAUUACUGAUGGAACUGACAAGAGCUUAUCUUGCAUAUGCAGAUAACAGUCGAGCUCAAGAUUCAGCUGCAUAUGCAAUUCAGGAGUUACUUUCUAUUUAUGACUGUAGAGAGAUGCAGACCAGAGGUCCCGGUCACCAGUUGUGGAGGAGAUUUCCUGAGCACGUUCGGGAAAUACUGGAACCUCAUCUAAAUACUAGAUAUAAGAGCUCUCAAAAGUCAACAGAUUGGUCUGGAGUAAAGAAGCCAAUUUACUUAAGUAAAUUAGGUAAUAACUUUGCAGAAUGGUCAGCAUCUUGGGCAGGUUAUCUUAUAACAAAGGUUCGACAUGAUCUUGCCAGUAAAAUCUUCACCUGCUGUAGCAUUAUGAUGAAGCAUGAUUUCAAGGUGACCAUCUAUCUUCUUCCACAUAUUCUUGUGUAUGUCUUGUUGGGUUGUAAUCAAGAAGAUCAACAGGAGGUUUAUGCAGAAAUUAUGGCAGUUUUAAAGCAUGAUGAUCAACAUACUCUAAGUUCCCAGGACAUUGCAUCUGAUUUGUGUCAACUUAGUACACAGACUGUGUUCUCCAUGCUUGACCAUCUCACACAAUGGAAAAGGCAUAAAUUUCAGGCAUUGAAUGCUGAGAAAUUUCCACAAAGUAAAUCAAACAGAGAUAAGGUAGAUUCAAUGGGAUCUGUGGAUUAUGAAGACUAUCAGAGUGUAACGCGUUUUCUAGACCUCAUACCUCAAGAUACUCUGGCUGUAGCUUCCUUUCGCUCUAAGGCAUACACACGAGCUGUAAUGCACUUUGAAUCAUUUAUCACAGAAAAGAAGCAAAAUAUUCAAGAGCAUCUUGGAUUUUUACAGAAAUUGUAUGCUGCUAUGCAUGAACCAGAUGGAGUAGCGGGCGUAAGUGCAAUUCGAAAGGCAGAACCCUCCUUAAAAGAGCAGAUCCUUGAACAUGAAAGCAUUGGUUUACUGAGGGAUGCCACUGCUUGUUAUGACCGGGCUAUUCAACUAGAACCAGACCAGAUCAUCCAUUAUCACGGUGUAGUGAAGUCCAUGCUAGGUCUUGGUCAGCUCUCUACUGUAAUCACUCAGGUGAAUGGAGUGCAUGCUAACAGGUCUGAAUGGACAGAUGAAUUAAACACAUACAGAGUGGAAGCUGCUUGGAAAUUGUCACAGUGGGAUUUGGUGGAAAACUAUUUGGCAGCAGAUGGGAAAUCUACAACAUGGAGUGUCAGACUGGGACAGCUAUUAUUAUCAGCCAAAAAAAGAGAUACCACAGCUUUUUAUGACACGUUGAAACUCGUGAGAACAGAACAAAUUGUACCUCUUUCAGCUGCAAGCUUUGAAAGAGGCUCUUACCAACGAGGAUAUGAACAUAUUGUUAGAUUGCACAUGUUGUGUGAAUUGGAACACAGUAUCAGACCACUUUUUCACCAAUCUCCAGGUGAAAAUUCUCAAGAAGACUCUCUCAACUGGGUGGCUCGACUUGAAAUGACCCAGAAUUCCUACAGAGCCAAAGAACCCAUCCUGGCUCUCCGGAGAGCUUUAUUAAGCCUCAACAAAAGACCAGAUUUCAGUGACAUGGUUGGAGAGUGCUGGCUACAGAGUGCCAGAGUAGCUAGAAAGGCUGGCCAUCACCAGACAGCCUACAAUGCUCUCCUUAAUGCUGGAGAAUCACGACUUGCUGAACUAUAUGUGGAAAGGGCAAAGUGGCUGUGGUCCAAGGGUGAUGUUCAUCAGGCACUAAUUGUUCUUCAGAAAGGUGUUGAAUUAUGUUUCCCUGAAAAUAAAACUCCUGCCGAGAGUAAGAACAUGUUAAUUCAUGGUCGGGCUAUGCUACUAGUUGGCCGAUUUAUGGAAGAAACAGCUAACUUUGAAAGUAAUGCAGUUAUGAAAAAAUAUAAGGAUGUGACCUUAUUCCUGCCAGAGUGGGAAGAUGGGCAUUUCUACCUUGCCAAAUACUAUGACAAAUUGAUGCCAAUGGUGACAGACAACAAAAUGGAGAAGCAGGGUGACCUCAUUCGUUAUAUAGUCCUUCAUUUUGGAAGAUCUCUACAGUAUGGAAAUCAGUUCAUUUAUCAGUCAAUGCCACGAAUGUUAUCACUCUGGCUUGAUUUUGGUGCUAAGGCAUAUGAAUGGGAAAAAGCUGGACGCUCUGAUCGUGUACAGAUGAGAAAUGAUUUAUCUAAAAUAAACAAAGUGAUUACGGAACACACAAAUCACUUAGCUCCCUAUCAGUUUUUGACUGCUUUUUCACAGUUGAUCUCUCGAAUUUGUCAUUCUCAUGAUGAAGUUUUUGUUGUCUUGAUGGAAAUUAUAGCUAAAGUGUUUUUGGCCUAUCCUCAACAAGCAAUGUGGAUGAUGACAGCUGUGUCAAAGUCUUCUUACCCCAUGCGUGUGAACAGAUGUAAGGAAAUCCUGAAUAAAGCUAUUCAAAUGAAAAAGUCCUUAGAAAAGUUUGUUGGAGACGCCACUCGCCUAACAGAUAAGCUUCUGGAAUUGUGCAAUAAGCCGGUUGAUGGAAGUAGUUCUACAUUAAGCAUGAGCACUCAUUUUAAAAUGCUUAAAAAACUGGUAGAAGAAGCUACUUUUAGUGAAAUCCUCAUUCCUUUGCAAUCAGUUAUGAUACCUACUCUUCCAUCAAUUCCGGGUGCCCAUGCUAACCAUGAGCCAUUUCCUGGACAUUGGGCCUAUAUUGCCAGCUUCGAUGAUGUGGUGGAAAUUCUUGCUUCUCUUCAGAAACCAAAGAAAAUCUCUUUAAAAGGAUCUGAUGGAAAGUUCUAUAUCAUGAUGUGUAAACCAAAAGAUGACCUGAGAAAGGAUUGUAGGCUAAUGGAAUUUAAUUCCUUGAUCAAUAAGUGCUUAAGAAAAGAUGCAGAAUCCCGUAGGAGAGAACUUCAUAUCCGAACAUAUGCAGUCAUUCCACUGAAUGAUGAAUGUGGAAUUAUUGAGUGGGUUAACAACACUGCUGGCUUGAGACCUAUUCUGACCAAACUAUAUAAGGAGAAAGGAGUUUAUAUGACAGGAAAGGAACUUCGCCAGUGUAUGCUACCAAAGUCUGCAGCUUUGUCUGAAAAACUAAAAGUAUUCCGAGAAUUUCUCCUGCCUAGGCAUCCUCCAGUUUUCCAUGAGUGGUUUCUAAGAACAUUUCCUGACCCUACAUCAUGGUACAGUAGCAGAUCAGCAUACUGCCGUUCUACAGCAGUUAUGUCAAUGGUUGGGUAUAUCCUGGGGCUUGGAGACCGUCAUGGUGAAAACAUUCUCUUUGAUUCUUUGACUGGUGAAUGUGUACAUGUGGAUUUCAACUGUCUCUUCAAUAAGGGAGAAACCUUUGAAGUUCCAGAAAUUGUUCCAUUUCGGCUGACUCAUAAUAUGGUUAAUGGAAUGGGUCCUAUGGGAACGGAAGGUCUUUUUCGAAGGGCUUGUGAAGUUACAAUGAGGUUGAUGCGAGAUCAGAGAGAGCCUUUAAUGAGUGUCCUGAAGACUUUUCUACAUGAUCCUCUUGUGGAAUGGAGUAAACCUGUGAAAGGGCAUUCCAAAGCAUCACUUAAUGAAACUGGGGAAGUUGUCAAUGAAAAGGCCAAGACCCAUGUUCUUGACAUUGACCAACGACUACAAGGUGUAAUCAAGACCAGAAAUAGAGUAACAGGACUGCCAUUAUCUAUUGAAGGACAUGUGCAUUACCUUAUACAAGAAGCUACUGAUGAAAACUUACUAUGCCAAAUGUACCUUGGCUGGACCCCAUAUAUGUGAAAUGAAGUUACUUCAAGGAACAUGUUAAUAAUUUUAAAUUAAUUAAUUUUGUAUUAAUAUGUGGUUGUAUACAUUCCCAAAGUACAUCAUAGGUUUAUGUUCUCAGAGCAACUGGUAUUAUUUUACCUUGAUUGUUAAUAAUAUUUAAAAUAAUAUAUGUUGUUACUAAGAAAUAAACUACAC